AUGGACCCCAUCGAAGACGACUAUUCACCCAAAUAUGAACUUCCACCCAACAUAAUCGCCGCAAACCCAUCCUACUUCUCAAACAUCGAUGACAUCCCACUUGACCCCCAUUACGCCCUCAAAGAAGAGUUCGCAGCCGACCCUGCCUCCACGAAGGUAAUCCUAGGAUCAGGUAUCUACCGAGACGGCGACGGACUCCCAUGGCCCCUACCCACAGUCAUAAAACAUCGCCGCCAGAUUGAAAAGCAAAUCGCCGCAGCAGAAGACACCGAUCGCUACGAUUACCUCCCCAUCCCAGGGUAUGCCCCAUUCUACAACAAAGCACGAGAUAUCUUGUUUGGGUACCGAAAAGAUGUAUCAAACCCCAUUAUCUCCGUACAAACAGUCGGCGGAACAGGUGCGAACUUCCUUGGUGCUCGUUUCUUAGCUGAAUCACUCAAACCAUCGGCUGUAUGGCUAUCUGAUCCUAGCUGGGUGAAUCAUGCCAAUAUCUGGACUUCGGUGGGAGUCAAGGUGAAAUAUUAUCCUUAUUGGGAUGCGAUGAACAAAUGUCUCGAUUUUGAGAAUAUGCUUAAGAUGCUGGAGACUAAAGCUAAAUCUGGAGAUGUGAUUGUUCUUCAUGCUUGUGCUCACAAUCCAACUGGUGUUGAUCCAAAGAGAAAGCAGUGGAAGAGGAUUGCUGAGGUUUGCAAGGAUGGGAAAUUGUUUCCUUUCUUCGAUUGUGCAUACCAAGGCUUCGCCUCAGGAGAUCUCGACCACGACGCCUGGGCCCUGAUUCACUUCUCAUCUCGGAUGGAACUAGCCGCCGCCCAAUCAUUCUCAAAGAACAUGGGCCUCUACGGUGAACGUGUCGGCGUCUUCCACAUUCUCGUGAAAUCACCUACCGAAGAAGCAAAAGUGAAAGGUCACCUUCUCAAUCUGCAACGGGGACAGAUCUCCCAGCCACCACGACGAGGAGCGAAAAUAGUCACUGAGAUUCUGGAUGAUAGGGCAUGGUUCCAAUGGUGGUUGAGAGAUGUUCGUCAGAUGAGUUUUCGAAUGAAGGAUCAGCGGGAGAAGUUGCAUAGGGAGUUGAUUGAGCUGGGUACGCCAGGGUACUGGGGACAUAUUCUUACUCAGAUCGGGAUGUUUUCGUACACUGGUCUUAGUGCGGAGCAGGUGGAGAGCAUGAAGACCGAAAGUCAUGUUUACAUCUUGAAAUCGGGAAGAUUGUCGAUUCCGGGUUUGAACAAUUCGAAUGUCAAACACGUUGCUCAAGCAAUCGAUAAGGCUGUGAGAAUGGUGCCUCAGCCUGGCUCUGAAGCAAGUUCUUGA